AUGUCUUCUCAUAGAACGGAUCUGCACAUGAAAGAACUUUGGCCUAUCCUGCCUGCGGAUCCUACGCCGAUGCAGCACUCCCGUCUCCUCGCCCUACCUAGUGAGAUUCGCAACAUGAUUUACGGGUUCGCGCUUACCUACGAGGACGGUCUUGCCAGUAAAGGGUUUCCAGAGCUUGGGCGGGCAACACCAAAGGUCAGAAACGGAGGGCCCGAAAGCCUUACCAUGAUCCACGCCAAUCCGCUGAAGUUCGUCUGUCGCAAACUAUACUACGACACUCGUGGCCUCGUGUUUCAUCUCAACAACACUUUUACGUUCCGCGGCUUCACGACUUUUACCGCGUUCUUGCCGAUCUUGAGCAUCCUUCGUCGUUAUCCUGUCGCCAGAAUCAACAUUUGUGCAGACCUUUCUCACAUCAACGAUCUCAGCCUUCCCGAAUGCAUCUUCUUGAGGCAGCGAGUGGUAGCCGCACUAGCACAUAAGAGCGUCUACGAAGUCGAAAACUUCUGCAUACGGAACCCAAUGACAAACGUCUACCUCUAUCUUCCAUCUUUUCCAAGUUCGCUCACUCAGCUCGUCACGCACCACAGGGCUAUUCUGACCGUUUUGCGUGGGGAAUCACACUCUCUGGAACGCCUUGAGGCCAUGACGAAUGCCAUUAUUGAUCUCGAUCUAGCGGGUGUGCGUGAGACUAUGAUCAGGGUGUUGGCCAAGCUCCUUGAAUCAAGACUACAGCUUGCGGGACUUAAAUACAGGCUUCCAAAAAAUCUACGCAUUGCGUUCUUAGUAGAGUCAGGGCGAUAUAUGCAAUGGAUUACGUGUAAGCAUUGUCAGGGAUUGGAUCGGGAGCGAGUAUUCGAAUGCGAACGCUGCCAGAGGAGAAUUACACUACUCGAGGAGAUGCUGGCGGAUGGAUGUUAA